UCUCUUUGCAGGGAUCCUCUUUACAAUGCUGGUCUUCGGGCCAGCCUGUGGAUUUAUCCUUGGCUCUUUCUGUACCAAAAUCUACGUGGAUGCCGUCUUCAUUGACACAAGUAAACUGGACAUCACUCCAGAUGACCCCCGGUGGAUUGGUGCCUGGUGGGGAGGCUUCCUGCUCUGCGGUGCCUUACUCUUCUUCUCUUCGCUGCUGAUGUUUGGCUUCCCACAAUCCUUGACCCCGCACCCAGACCCCACAGCGGAGAGCGAGCAAGCGAUGCUUCCUGAGAGAGACUACGAGAGGCCCAAGCCCAGCAACGGAGUUCUGAGGCACCCGCUGGAGGCCGACGACAGUGCCACCUGCUUCCAGCAACUCAGAGUGAUCCCCAGAGUGACGAAGCACUUGCUCUCUAACCCUGUGUUCACCUGCAUCAUCCUUGCGGCCUGCAUGGAGAUCGCUGUGGUUGCCGGCUUCGCCGCUUUCCUGGGGAAAUACCUGGAGCAGCAGUUUAACCUCACCACUUCCUCUGCCAACCAGCUGCUGGGGAUGACUGCUAUUCCAUGUGCAUGUCUGGGGAUCUUCUUGGGAGGCCUCCUCGUGAAGAAGCUCAGUCUUUCUGCUCUAGGAGCCAUUCGAAUGGCCAUGUUAGUUAACCUGGUGUCCACGGCUUGUUACGUCUCCUUCCUGUUCCUGGGCUGUGACACGGGGCCUGUGGCUGGGGUUACUGUUCCCUAUGGAAACAACUCAACACCUGGCGUAGCCCUGAACCCAUAUUCCCCAUGCAAUAAUAACUGUAAAUGCCAAACUGAUUCCUUCACGCCGGUUUGUGGAGCCGACGGGAUCACCUACCUAUCUGCCUGCUUUGCUGGCUGCAACAGCACGAAUCUCACCGGCUGCACAUGCCUCAGGUCCGUCCCGGCUGAGAACGCCACAGUCGUUCCCGGAAAAUGCCCCAGCCCGGGAUGCCAAGAGGCCUUCCUCACAUUCCUGUGCGUGAUGUGUGCCUGCAGCAUGAUCGGCGCCAUGGCUCAGACCCCAUCUGUCAUCAUCCUCAUCAGGACAGUCAGCCCUGAACUCAAGUCUUAUGCUCUGGGGGUUCUAUUUCUGCUUCUUCGUUUGUUGGGUUUCAUCCCACCACCCCUGAUCUUCGGCGCAGGCAUUGACUCCACGUGCCUCUUCUGGAGUACAUUCUGUGGUGAGCAGGGGGCCUGCGUCCUCUACGACAACGUGGUCUACCGAUACCUAUAUGUCAGCAUCGCCAUCGCCCUCAAGUCCUUCGCGUUCAUCCUCUACACCACGACGUGGCAGUGCCUGAGGAAAAACUAUAAACGAUACAUCAAGAACCACGAAGGAGGACUUAGCCCGAGUGAGUUCUUUGCCUCUACUCUGACCCUAGACAAUCUGGGGAGGGACCCGGUAUCCCAGAGUCAGUCUCAUAGGACAAAAUUUAUCUAUAACCUUGAAGAUCAUGAGUGGUGUGAAAACAUGGAGUCUGUUUUAUAGUGACUUAGGAGGGACAAACUCUAUAUUAGUAAUCAAAGGGUCCUUUUUUUCUUAUUAAAAAAAGUUAAAAUAUAUUAAAAAAAAAGAAACCAUGGCAUCACAAACCCACCCCACCAAAAAAAAAUAACCUCACAAAAACCACAUACAAACCGACCUUUGUCCUUUUCUCAAAAUCAGAGCCAGACAGGAAUGACAAUAAUGAACUAUUAACGGGAUCAUUCGUUUGACAUCCUGUGGGUGCCGCGAAGAAGCCACCGUCCAUCCGGGUUCCACCCUCGUGAAGGUACCGUGCAAUCUCCCGGGAAGCAAAACUGCUCAAGCUACAGAUGCUGCCUGGUCCAGGGCACAAGGCGGUGGGAUGCCCGACGAGGGACAUUUCAGGACACGCAAACCAACCAACCAUUAAAAAAAAAUCCAACUAGACAACAAUUCUGGAAUCAACACUAGUACCACCCUAUGUCACCUUCUUCCUCAUUGGUAGGGAGGGAGGCAGGGAGGGGAAAGGUCACUUGGUCCCCUCUAAGCUUUGCUAUAUGGGUCAAGGUGUAGACUGCUUGCCUGUUCUGUUGGUCAUUGCAAACCCCAGAAUGUCCAAGCGAUGUCAGUGGGGGGAAAUGGGGCGAAUUAGGAUCUGAUCCCCCCUCACCAGGCGCACCCCCGCGUGUGAUGCCAAGGACUUUGAGAGGAUGGGGGAGGGGCAAAGUGGUCCCCACAGGGUCGCAUCUAAUGGGAUGUCAGUCACCUCCAGUCAGGAGCUGAAUCCCAGAUUUCAGGUUGUGACUGGAAUCUCAGUGGCUGUGGCCCGUGGUGCUCAGAGUCAUUCGACCUUGAUUAGUUCCAAACAUUUGCUUCCGUUUGCCAAACAUUUUGCCAUUUUAAAAAAAAUGGGUAUGAAUUUCAAACAGCUGUAUGUAUAAUCCUCUAAUACUAUUUUUAAUCUCCUACCCAAAUCUAUGUUAACCCUGAAGUCACUAACCAUAUUCUAUAAGAGAGUUUAUUAUGCUGGCUGCUUUCCUUUCCUGUUUCUUUUUUAAUGCACCAAAAAUAUAAUGCAAUUCAAGGGAUGUGAUUAA